CGGAGCCGGGCAGCGGCGUCAGUGUGCUCCCGGAAGUGGGCGCGGCCAGCGCCGAGGCGGCUGCCGGAAGCGGAAACGAGGGAGUCGGCGUGGGGCUCCGGCCGAGUGGCGUGAAACCAGCUGGAAGAUGGAUAUACGACCAAACCACACGCUUUACAUCAACAACGUUAAUGACAAAAUUAAGAAGGAAGAACUGAAGAGGUCUUUGUACGCGCUGUUUUCUCAGUUCGGCCGUGUCGUGGACAUUGUGGCUCUCAAGACCAUGAAGAUGAGAGGACAGGCUUUUGUGAUCUUUAAGGAGCUGGGGUCCUCCACCAACGCGCUGAGGCAGCUGCAGGGAUUCCCAUUUUACAGCAAGCCAAUGCGUAUUCAGUAUGCAAAAACAGACUCCGAUGUCAUUUCUAAAAUGCGUGGUACAUUUGCUGAUAAGGAGAAGAGAAAGGAAAAAAAGAAAUCGAAAUUGCUGGAACAGUCUGCGAAUGCAAACAAAAAGCCAAAUCAGGGAGCAAACCAGAAUUCAGCGAACGCCCAAGCCAGCUCUGCGCAGAAUCAGCAGGUGCCCGAUAAUCCGCCCAACUACAUCCUUUUCCUGAACAACUUGCCGGAGGAGACAAAUGAAAUGAUGUUGUCGAUGCUCUUUAAUCAGUUCCCUGGUUUCAAAGAAGUGCGACUGGUCCCUGGCAGACACGACAUUGCGUUUGUGGAGUUUGAAAAUGAAGGCCAGGCAGGAGCUGCGCGAGAUGCUCUCCAGGGCUUCAAAAUCACCCCCUCCCAUGCCAUGAAAAUUACUUACGCCAAGAAGUGAACUGGAACCCUCAAAGGACUCGCUUUUUUAUAUGAAGCAUCGGAGUUUUGGUAUAUUGUGGUUCACAAGAAAUGAAAACUUAACAAGAAAUAUAUUGUAUGAAAUUUCUUGGGUCAUUCAAAGAGACGUCUGUAAGAGUCUUACGCACACGUUAAGGAAACAUAAUUAUUUGUGCGGGGUUUUUUUGUCCUUAUGUUCAGUUUCUAUUUUUCAGGUUAUAUGUUGACUUUCUUAGGCCCUUCAUAGUCAAGUUCCCUUUAGGAAAUGUUGCCUGUUAAAGAAUAAAGCUGUGGUUUGUUUUUUUAAAAAUGAUAAUUGGUGUGUAGUUUUAUUUCAGCCAAGCCACUUAUUCACAAAUUACUUGACUGGUACAAUUUUAGACGGGUAGCUGUGUGGGUAGCCGUGUUUCUGUCCCCAGAGCAUGGCUCCCCCCUCUCCAUCUGCAUCUCAGCUUGCCCCCCCCCCUCCUCCAGUGCUGUGCCUGGUGGAGGGGACAAACUUUCCAAGAACAUCAGCGGGAGGGAGGGGGGAAGACAGGGAAGUCCUGCUCCAUGGACGGAAGGAAACCUUGACAUCCGUGGAAAUGCUCUGGCGGAUCCGGACCUGUGUUUGGAAGUGCUGACUUCCCCGUCAUGCUGGGAGUGGCAGAAAAGGGGAUUGUGGACCAGUCUUUCUGAUCCUGCAUUUUUGUCAGUGAACAUGUGGGGAGGAGACCGUUUGACCACACUCAUGUUCCCGUUUUUGGUGGUGGAGAGAAAUAUGUCAGCAGCAGCUCUUUCUCUACUGAAAGUACAACGCCUGGAAAGAUAAGCAGAUGGCGAUCAAAAUCUCCUCCUGACAGCUGAAUUCUUCCACGUAACGCUGUCUUUGAUAAUACAGAAUACGGGUGCCUGUUGUUUGGUUUUUUUUCCUACUGGUCUUACUACCUUUGAUAAAAAGGUCUGAAAAUCUUUUUCUGAA